GGAAGAAGAGUCAGGCCUCUAAAGGAUGCUGGGGCCCCCCUCUCUCCUGGGGCCUCAGGAAGCUCUCAGCCCCCAGUGCAGGGCUGGUGAGAGGCUUUGGCUCUUGUGUCUGGAGGAGCCAUGAUGUGUGUUCCUCUUGGUGCCCAUGGCCCUGAAGAAUGGGCAGGGAGACCCCUGGGCCAGACAAGACGGUGGGCAGGAGGACAGAGCAGCCCCACAGCUCAGCCGCUGGGCAACAUGACCAGCCACUUAAAAAAAAAAAAAGGAAGUGAGAAUCUGCUCUAAUUAGAAACUUCCGGCCCUUGAGUAGGUUUAGAGAAUUAUGGGCUUUCUGGGCCUGAGCAUUUAUGGUAACAGUGAAGCUUCAGGGACCACCAAAUGGGAGAGCCAGAAAGGAGUAAAGGGUGGAGCCAGUCUCAUACCCUGCGACCUGUGGUGGUGACAGUAUCUCAUUUCAGGACGGAGCAUGAAGCGCAAGGCGCUGUUUACGUGUCCCUUCAGUGGAGACUGCCGCAUCACCAAGGACAACCGCCGCCACUGCCAGGCCUGCCGGCUCAAGCGCUGUGUGGACAUCGGCAUGAUGAAGGAGUUCAUCCUGACAGACGAGGAGGUGCAGCGCAAGCGGGAGAUGAUCCUCAAGCGGAAGGAGGAGGAGGCCUUGAAGGACAGUCUGCGGCCCAAGCUGUCGGAGGAGCAGCAGCGCAUCAUCGCCAUCCUGCUGGACGCCCACCACAAGACCUAUGACCCCACCUAUGCUGACUUCGGCCAGUUCCGGGCUCCGGUUCGCGGGGAUGAGGGGGAAGGGACCCUCCCCUCCAGGUCUUUCUCCACGCAUGCGCCCAGCUUCUCCGGAAGCUCGUCCUCUUCCUGCUCAGAUCAAUACACCUCCUCUCCAGACACGAUGGAGCCAGCCAGCUUCUCCCACCUGGAUCUGAGCGAAGAAGACUCUGAUGACCCUUCUGUGACCCUGGACCUGUCCCAGCUCUCCAUGCUGCCCCACCUGGCUGACCUGGUCAGUUACAGCAUCCAAAAGGUCAUCGGCUUUGCCAAGAUGAUCCCAGGGUUCAGGGACCUCACCGCUGAGGACCAGAUCGUGCUGCUGAAGUCAAGUGCCAUCGAGGUCAUCAUGCUGCGCUCCAACCAGUCCUUCACCAUGGACGACAUGUCCUGGACCUGUGGCAGCCCGGACUACAAGUACCAAGUCAGCGACGUGACCAAAGCCGGACACAGCCUGGAGCUGAUCGAGCCCCUCAUCAAGUUCCAGGUGGGGCUGAAGAAGCUGAACCUGCACGAGGAGGAGCACGUGCUGCUCAUGGCCAUCUGCAUCGUCUCCCCAGACCGUCCCGGGGUGCAGGACCCCGCGCUGAUCGAGGCCAUCCAGGACCGCCUGUCCAACACACUGCAGACCUACAUCCGCUGCCGCCACCCGCCCCCGGGCAGCCACUUGCUCUACGCCAAGAUGAUCCAGAAGCUGGCCGACCUGCGUAGCCUGAACGAGGAGCACUCCAAGCAGUACCGCUGCCUCUCCUUCCAGCCCGAGUGCAGCAUGAAGCUCACGCCCCUUGUGCUUGAGGUGUUUGGCAACGAGAUCUCCUGACUAGGGCAGCCUGCGGUGGCACCCGGCCGGGGCUGCCUCUCUGGGGCCCUGCGCCCAGGCCUGGGGUGGGCGUCUGGCCAGCAGCCCUCCCCACCCCCCCUGGAGUUCAGCCCCUCCUCUGCCACCUCCCCUCCCCACCCGGCCCAUCCUCUCUCCUGCCACAGGCUGCCCCCAAUCCCACGAGACCUCCGUUAUGAGGAGUUGCUGUUAUUUGACAGAGAAACUCAAGUGGGGGCAGAGGGCAGAGGCUGAGGACCCGGGGACGCCCCCGCUGCUCCAGAAGCGGCUGCUGGUGAUGCCGAGGGAACAGGCAGGCAGGAGAAAUAGCCCCUUCCUCAGGGACAGAGACACCCGUACCUCCACCCGACUCCAGGCCCCCGUGUCCAGAGCCUGGUGGGAUCUUCCUUCUUCCGCCUCAUCCACGGCACGUACUGACCCACAGCCCCACCUCAUCCUGCUGCCGGUCUGCGCUGUUCCGUCCCCAGGCAGCGAGCCACCAGGGGGCCUUGGCCCUCUGCCUGUCCAGGACACUCACUGCCAAGGAUGACCAAAACCAGGGUGACGAAGGUCACAAAUCCAUCUCUGCUGCCCAAAGGGCACCUGCCUAAGCCCUCCGUGCCCACCUUCCUCCCAUCCCUAUGGUAACGUCCCCAGAAGGAGCUGUGGUAAGACAGGCUGCCUCCCCACGGCUGGGGACACUGGCCCAGAACCCACCUGCCAAGAGGCCCAGGAGGGAAGAGAGCAGGGCCCAGGCGGGGGGGCUUGGGGGAGGCAGGCACAUCCAGCCUCAUGGAAGAGUGGUAGACAGAGGCCUCACCUGUCCUGUGGUGGAGCCCAUGGCUCUGCAGCCUGGAUCUGAGGGGGUGGCCAAGGCGGGAGCUCUCCUUCUGACAACCCACAUGGCAAGACUGACGGGCCCCCAGGCUUCAGAGAAGCGCUGGGCUCUGUCAUCCUCCCCUGCCAGUGCCUUACCUCUGCUCCCUGAGAGAGGACCGGACCGGCCACAGGCUCCCCUCACACAGCAGCCGUGGGCACCCGAGGGGCCUAACCCUGGGAUGGCCAAGGGUGGUGACCCAGAGGUCAGCUCACUGUCCCCACCCCACCCUACAGUCUGGGGAAGCAGUGCCGCUCUGCCUACCAGCAGGGCCUCGUCUUUCCCACCUGGCCCGGCGCCCAAGCCAUGCCCUCCCUGCCCACCACUGCCUGCUUCCAAGACCGCCGUUCCCCCAAGAAGCAGGAGCCAGUGCCCCGGCCCCCAGGGUGGGGGUGGGGGUGAGAGACAGCGGGUUGGUCUGCUGUCCAGCCCGAGGGAGCGGGGCUGGUUCCUUCCGCUCCCAUCGCACCACUGUGACAUCAGCGGUGGGUCCUCCCUACAUCCAGAGGCACUCAGGAGGGGGCACUCCUGGCCCCGGGACCUCUGGGCUUCCACGGGGGUGUGAGCCGCAGGCCUGUGGGAGGGGAGCAGACAAGGUUCUCCCAGGAAUCACAGAGGGUCCUUCAGCUCCUACGGAGGUUUCUGUCUCAGCAGGACACCCCCCCGCCCCCCGCCCCGGCCCUGCACCUGCUGUUCCCUGCAGACCCCAGGAGCCAACGACUUACCACUGCAACCGCUGGGACAGCCGCCAGGGCCCGCCUGGCCAGUGCUUUCUCCAUCUGGCAGCCAUGUUCCUACUGCCGGCCACUGUCCUAAGACUCAGCCUGAUGCUGAUUAGAUGGGGGUUGUCUUCCGAAUUAGGCUCCAUUGUGGUACCACGUGCUAAUCUAGCCGGUGGUAGGGACCACAGGUGAAGCGAGAUUUACGGGACCAGGGUGAAAAUUCUAUAUCUUAAUCAUUGCUGUUGUUAGUUUACAAAGCAGGGAGAAGUGGGAUUUGAUUUUAGCUGCCGAACCUGUUGGCCCGGCUGCUAGUCAGCAAAAGAAAAAGCUGGAAAAUCACUAACCCAGUUCAACCCUCUGGUUAAAGAAAACUGACACUGAGAGGAGGGUGUGACUCACCCAAGCUCAAGGAACUAGUUAGAAGCAGCCCCAGGGCUGCACCCCAAUUUGGACUUAGGGUUCAGUGCUCGUUUCGCUACACCACGCUUGAGCUCAGACCCCAUGUCUCACUUCCCUAGAGGAGGACCUUUCCCUGGGGGAAGCCCUGGGCUUUCAACAGAGCAAGUCCAGAUCCCAGACCCCUGCCUUGCUUCCCUUGGUUGUCACCCCACUGACUGACCCAUCAGGGGGAGGAGAAGGGACACCUCAGCCUGUGUCAAUGUGAAUCGGACCCCCGCCCCUCUGUGGCCGUGGCCGGAUGGGGUCUCCGCCUCAGCCCUGUAUGAUGCUGUUGCCUUACCAAUAAAGUGCAUUUGUCUUUGUACCGUC